GCUACUCUUCAUGGAACAAUGCAUGGUUGAGGCUGAUGUUAUCAGCUUCAACAGUGCCAUGAGCGCUUGUGAGAAAGCCCGUCGCUGGCUGAAAGCUUUUGGCCUCCUCAUCGACAUGAUUCGGCGCGGCCUUGUCCCAGAUGUUAUCAGCUUCAGUGGAGUCAUCAGUGCCUGUGAGAAGUCAACUGCCUGGUCCCAGGCCCUAAGCUUGCUUGCCUGGAUUCCUACUACUCAGCUCCUUGCAGAUGUAAUUGCCUGCAGCAGCGCAAUCAGUGCCUGUGAGAAGGCCAGUCGUUGGCUUGAAGCUAUCAAGCUGCUGCCAGUUAUGUCAGCGGAUCAGGUCCGAGCCAAUGUGGUCACCUGGAACAGCGCAGUCAGUGCCUGCGAAGGUGCAGGCAAACCCCCAGGCAACUGGAUCUGGGCUUUAUGUCUCCUUGCAGCCAUGCAGGAGUCCAAGCUAUCACCGGAUGUCAUCACCUACAGCGCAGCCAUCAGCGCUUGUGGGACCCGCUGGGAGAUGGCCCUAGCCUUGCUCCAAGAAUUGAGUUGCAAGCUGUCUCCCAAUGUCAUCAGCUUCAAUGGCGCGAUCCACUCAUGUGCCGUUGCCUGGCAGUGGCAGCGGGCCGGGGCUCUCCUGAGCCUGUUGGCUGAUAUGGGGCCCGCGAGGAUGCAACCGGAUGUGCUCAGCUAUCGUGAUGCAGUAUGGGCCUGCGAAUGUGUUUGGCAGUGGCUCGCUGCCUUCGAUGUGUUGAAGAAGGUUGAGCUCUUAUCG